GAUUUUACAGAUAAAGUUUUAGUUUUAGCUGAUUCCGAUGAUGAUGACAUUGAAAAGGUUCUUCGAGAUCCUCAGCCACACAUAGAAGAUGAGAAGAUUAAAACUGUAGUAGAAACGUUAAAUCUUACAUUGGAGGAGGCUUUUUUUCUCAGUUACGCUCUUGGUUGCUUGCAAGUUAUCGAUCUGUCAGGUCAGACUAUGAGCUUAAAAAAGAUGUGGCACACAUUUUGUCAAAUAAAACAAGACUUUAUUGAAUCUUAUGUUGCCUACCACCACUUUCGGGCCAAAGGUUGGGUUGUCAAAUCAGGAUUCAAGUUUGGAGGAAACUUUUUGUUGUACAAACAAGGGCCUCCAUUUUUUCAUGCUUCUUACGUAGUUCUUGUGGAGAGAGUUGAUAGCCAGCUGAAUAGAUACAAUGAUUCUCUUACUUGGACAAAGCUGCAUGGUCUGAACAGGCUGGCAGAGAACUCUGGCAAAGACAUAAUCACUUGUCAGGUGGUUUUCCCUGACAGUCUUGCACCAGAAGAUCUAAUUACACCAAAAUCACUAGCCAAGUUCCAAGUCAAUGAAUUACUGACAAAAAGAUGGAUCUCUUCUCAAGAAAGAGUUGAAAAAGAAUUCUCUUAGUCGAUCGAUUACAAGAAAAUGUUAAACAUAAUUCUAAUAUAAAUAUUUGUAUGUUUAUUACUCCUGGUUGAUCGAAUAUAAGAAAAUGAACAUAAUUCUAAUAAAAAUAUUUGUAUGUUUA